GGAGCCCGGCCGCCGGGGAGGAUUUGCAAGCACUCGCGGCGCCCGGGGAUGGGCGAGGGUUCCCCGCGGCGCCGGGAGGAGCGGAGACCGCGGGGCCAGCCGCCGUGCGCCGGGGAGGACGGGCUGCUGCGCCCCGGCCCUUCCCCAGGGGGCUCGGCUUGCCCGGGGGCUGUGGUCAUCGCUGGCGGGCCGGAGCCGUUUCUUUAGGGGGGUUUUGGGUUUAUCCACAAAGGGGGGGGGGGAGGGGGAUCUGUUUACUCAGACCCCCCCCUCAAUCCGCCACACCCCCUCCCCUUGCGAAUAACUCCGCACCAUGACUGCUGGGGAUGGAGCAGAGAGGAUGGUGCCCAGGUGCCCCGUGCUGGCGCUGGCGCUGGCUGCCCUGCUGUGCAAAGUGGUGGAAAGCCGAGGAGGAGUCAUGGACAGCACACAGAGAUUUUCAAACCUGCCGGUAUAUCUUCCCAUGAGCUAUCACAUCUCCAGUGCUGAUGUUUCCUUCUUCCUCAAAGAAGCCAAUCAAGAUAUCAUGAGGAACUCCAGUUUGCAGGCUAGGGUGGAGUCAUUCUUUAUAUACAAAGCCAAGCAGCCACCUGUAGUGAAUGCAACUUACGGACCUUUUUCAGUGGAACAAGUUGUUCCCGAGGACCUAAUGCUGACUUCUGCUCCUUUUGGUUUCGCUAAUGAAUUCACAUUUAAUUGGAAAUUAAAAUCACACAUAAUCGACAGCUCAAUAUAUUCCAACAAACCUAAAGUGCAAGCCUUGUUCUAUAUCGCGGGAAAGGACUGGGAUGACUAUGAUUCUGCGGAGAGAUUGCCCUGUGUGAAGAUGUUUGCUUUCCUGGAGGCUAGAGAAGCGGUGGCCAGCUGUAGGUUGAAAGGUCAUUUAGGAUUAUGUGUCGCAGAACUGGAAUUAGCGCCGAGCUGGUUCAGCUCCCCUCCACCAUUGAUUUUGGAGCAUGAGCCAACAGCAGCUUUGUUGGAAGGCAUUACUGUGGAGCUCUUCUAUAAAAUGUAUGCAGCAGAUGGGGAGUGUUCUCCUGAGGAUGCAAAAUGGGAAAACAACAUACACGCAGGUCAAGAUAAUGCACACGAGGCUUUGCCGCCCGUGGAGAGGAUUGGUAGCAUCAUUAUCUAUCCAACUCAAGACAAACUAAAACAAUCUUCACUGAGGCUAGAUGAGAACGUCAUGAUCCACUUACCACUCAACCCUGUCAAGGAAGGUGACACAGUAACCUUUCAUGUGUCCCUUACCGGUGAUUCCCUAGCAGAUCAGUUUACGUUAAGAAUUAAGGCAGCACCAGGUGUGAAGAUAAUGGCCAUCAGAGUCAGUGAUGCAGACCAGUGGGGAAUUCAAGAGGAAGUAGACAAUGGAGGGAUGCAGACCACUGCCUCCGUUGUUUGUGUGCGUAAUGAUCCAAAUAUAGAGAGCAGAGCAAACAUCUCCUUCUAUGAGAUCUUGCAGAUGGACUUUGAAAUUGACAAUAGCAGUAGCCUGGCAGGAGCUCAGCAAAUUACCUGGCAGGUGGAAUACCCCAGAGAAGACUCGAUGAGUGAACUGGUGGUCUCAGAGAUCUUUGUCAGCCAAACAACAUUUGCAGGAAUUGUUCCUCUUGCAAUGGAUACAGAAGUCCUCAACACGGCCAUUCUGACAGGGAAGAUGGUAUCUGUUCCGGUGAAAGUUGUUGCUGUGCACGAGGAUGGUUCUGUGAUUGAUGUUUCAGAGUCCACUGAAUGUAAAUCAGCUGAUGAAGACGUCAUAAAGGUUUCUGGCAGAUGCGACUCCAUCUUUGUUAAUGGCAAGGAAAUGAAGAGCAAAGUGGAUACCAUUGUGAACUUCACUUACCAGCAUUUUACCACCCAGCUAGAAGUGACGGUCUGGGCUCCACGGCUUCCUUUGCAGAUAGAGAUCUCGGAUACAGAACUUAGCCAGAUCAAGGGCUGGCGGAUACCUGUCACAUCCAAUAAGAGGCCUACCCGUGACAGUGAUGAUGAAGAGGAUGAUGAGAGGAAGGGAAGAGGCUGCACCCUUCAGUACCAGCAUGCCAUGGUGCGAGUCCUCACACAGUUUGUAGCAGAGUCUUCCGAUUUUGGAGGCCAGCUGACCUAUAUGUUGGGCUCUGAGUGGCAGUUUGACAUCACGAAUCUCGUGACAGAUUUCAUGAAGGUGGAAGAACCUAAGAUUGCUAAAUUACACGAUGGACGGGUACUAGUUGGUCGUGAACAUGGGAUAACCACAGUUCAGGUGCUGUCGCCUCUCUCUGAUUCCAUCUUGGCUGAGAAGACAGUGAUCGUGCUAGAUGACCGCGUAACAAUCACAGACCUAGGGGUACAACUGGUAACGGGCUUGUCCCUGUCUUUACAAAUAAACAAAGGAAAUAAGAGAGCUAUUGUUUCCACAGCAUCUGCUUGCGAUAUUCUUCAUACCCCAAAACAGGAAGCCAUAGUCAGUGCUUGGAUUUUGUUCAGUGAUGGCUCUGUGACACCUUUAGAUAUUUAUGAUUCCAAGGAUUUUUCUGUCACCAUCACUUCGCUGGAUGAGAUGGUGGUAUCUGCCCAGCAAAACCUUCAGUCAAAGUGGCCUCUGGUAGUUGCAGAGGGUGAUGGGCAAGGACCCCUGAUUAAAAUAGAAAUGGUGAUCAGUGAACCUUGCCAGAAGACGAAGCGAAAGAGCAUUCUGGCUGUUGGGAAAGGAAAUGUCAAAGUGAAAUUGGGUCAGAAAGAUUCCGACCACAAAGGAAGGACCAACGACAUUGAUGAUGUAGAUAGAGAGUUUAACCACCAUCUGAACAAUGCUAUAGAGAAGACGGCAGAACAGGAGAGGACAGUGCAAGAAUGGGCCAAACAUGGAACCUUUAUUAAUCAUGAAGACAAUGCCAACAAAAGCACAACUUCCAAGUCUCCCAUUGAUGAGAAGAAGGCUCAUGAGGAUGGACUCCAGAAUAACCCAACGGCUUUCACAAGUUUUCCUACCCAAGUAGAGGUACCAGGGCAAAAUAAUCCCAAUGACCUUGCAUUGACUUCUAGAGGGUUAACUGAUUUGGAGAUUGGCAUGUAUGCCCUGCUAUGUGUUUUCUGCCUAGCAAUUUUGGUCUUCUUAAUUAACUGCGCGGCAUUUGCUUGGAAGUAUAGACACAAAAGGUUUGCUGUGAGUGAGCAAGGCAACAUCCCACAUUCUCAUGACUGGGUCUGGCUUGGAAAUGAGAUUGAACUCUUGGAAAACCCAGUUGACAUUUCGCUCCCCUCAGAGGAGUGCACUACCAUGAUUGACAGAGGGAUGCAGUUUGAAGAAAGCAACUUUCUCCUUAAUGGUAGCUCGCAGAAGACUCUCCAUAAUCAGAUCCUCAGAUCUUGUGAGUAUGCUUGUGAGAAAGAAGUUAAAAGUGAACCUAUAAAUCCUUCCGGGCCAAAACGGAAGCGGGUCAAGUUCACUUCAUAUACCACGAUACUGCCAGAGGAUGGAGGUCCUUAUACCAAUUCAAUUCUAUUUGACAGUGACGAUAAUAUUAAAUGGGUAUGUCAAGAUAUGAAUCUUGGCGAUUCCAAGGAACUUAGAGACUAUAUGGAAAGACUGCAAGACAAUAUGUAAAAUACUUUCUUAUGUUUGUAUUCACCUUUAUGCCUUCUGUUUUAUGGAUAGUGGAGCAGUCAGUCCAGUCAGCAAUAGGAGGUUACAAAGGAGUCUAACUUUUGGAGGUCCCAAGAGGAUAACUGCACAUCAUUGAGCGGGUACAAGACGCUGGCUGAGUUAAUCCUGUUUCACUAUAAACCAGGAUGUGUCCCUGAAACAGCUACAUGUAGGUGUUGGAGGUGUCGCACAUGAUGGCUGUUUUCAUAUACGGCCUGGUACUAGCUAAAUGCUAAUACAAUUAUGCUCAGACUCAGAGGAGACUACAUUUGUUUGUCAACUCAUGAUAAACAGUGAUUCAGAAAACAAGGGAUUUUUGGGGUUGAUUUUUCUAGUCGUCAUCCUUUGUAAAGCACAGUGGAUAUUUUUUUCAUACAGCCUGAGCCUAGGCUUACUUCAAAAGAGAUCUGAAUGAAUCUGUCCAAUUUCAUUUGCCUAUGAGCAAUGCAGCCAAGUAUUCUCAUUUUUUACAGAUACAAACACCCACAUGUGGUUAAUUUCUUAUCUGUAUUGUUUAGGAAGAUGGUUUGAUUUAGAGAACAUUAAAUAUUUUCUUUGGAGAUUUUUUUUUUUGGUUGUACCAAAGUGUUUCACAGUAUAUUUACAGUUAUUCAGGUUUUCUAUUCAUGUGCAUCAGCUCUAAAGGAUACCUCUUCAUCACUGAUUAUCUUUCUCCUUCCCAUGCAAAUCUUUAAUAUUUGAAAUGUAGAAAUGUAUUAGAAAUCUCACACUGGAAAAGGGUUGUAUCUCCUUACAGGGAACUGUAUAUACAACAAUAAACCCUGGAAAAUAAAAAUCAAGAAGCAGCCCUGGGUUUAUUUUUAUCAUUGACAAUAUGAAAAAUAACUUGAAACAAAGCAGAACACACUUUAAAGCAAAAUGCCUCUCAUGAAACAACAACACUUAUGGAAAUUCUUUGUGGGCAACACAUGUUACUCUCACGAUAAAUGCAAACGUAGUAUUGAAAUGCACUGAACAGGAAGCAAAUUGCCUGGGAAAUAAGCAAAGACCUGAAACUGGUAUUACACUGUACUAAAUAUAUAUAUAUAUAAACUGCAGUGUGUGUAUAUAUAUAUAUAUACACACACACACACACACACACACACACACACACACACACACACACACUGCAGUUUAGCACUACGUAGACAUCCAUCUACAAUGGCUGGUGCACACAGGCCCUGUCUAAAAGCCAUCUCUAAUCAUAUGUCUGGUACAGAGAAAACCUUUACAACAAGCUCCAUAACAAAAGAAAAUACCGGGCACAGUUAUAUAAUGGCUAUUCCCAAAUUUGACAGGAAUGCUGGAGAUUCAAAAAGCUUCCAUUCCACAAACAUUAUAUUCAUUUUUACAUUGAAGUACGAUUGAAAUGUGUUGAAAAUUGUAGCAAAGAAACCUUUAUGUAUGAAAUGUCUAAGAGAAGCAAAACAGUACAUUGGGCCCAUCAUGAGAAAAUGUAAUUGACAGCUGAUCCAAACACAGCUGCCUCACAUCCCCCAACUCUCCCAAAAUAAUGAACAUAAUAGCACUUUAGUGUGAGAUCAGACGUACCACAUAUCUUAGUAAACUAACGCUCAAGAUAUUUAACAUAUAGUCUCUCCUUUUCUAGCUGAGCAAAGAUUGCUAGAGAAGUCUUGAUUGCUAUUUUGAACCUGAUUAAUAAAACCAGAAAAUCUUCAUAAAAUUCAGCUCCUCCAGAUUUUUCUGCAUUUUGCUAAUGUGUAAGUAGUUAUCCACUCAGUUCAGCAAACUGCUUAGAGUCCAUCCAUAUUCAACAAAGUACUUAAGCAUAUCUUAAGUCCCAUUGAUCCCAAAGUGACUUAAGUACUUUGCUGAUUCGGGACCAGUAUGUUAACGUUGGACAAGAGUCAGAAGCCAAACUGUUUAUACUGAAAGUCUUCUCUCUAAGAACAAGAUUUGAAAAGAGAAAAUGGUAAUUUUUGUGUGUUUCACAUUAGAAGUUAUGUAGCUGUGAGACAAGGAUCACUAAAAGUAGAGUGCACAUAUUUCCAUGCUGGUGUUCCAUUGUGUGCACACAUAAAAUAAACGAUUAAGUGGAAAAUACAGAGAAUAUAAGAGGAAUUUAUAGUCUCGCUCGCCUGCUAGCUGAUCUGACAAAGAAUUUCACUUAGGCCAACCCACUCUCUAGUACAGGAUCUGUUUGGUUUUAGAGCCUUGAUCUUUGUUCUACGCAGGAAUCACACACAGCAAGUCCACCUAGAUGUUAAGUCUGGUCGCCAGUUACAAAAUACAAACAAUUAAAAAGAUAAGUAAAAGAACUAUAGUAGUUAACAAAAACUCAACAAACAAAAACAAAAAAAUGGAAACCAGAAUUUAGCGUGCCACACCAAUACAUAGAAUCUGGUAAAGAUGGAAAAUGCUCUGGAAGUACAAAAAUAUAUUAUAGUUAAACUUUAAAAGAUCUAACAUGGUACAUGAAAGUUCAGAAAUAGAAAGUGAUAAUAAAUAAAAAUGCACAAGGCCAAAGAAUAAAAAAAAACAAAGAGAGAAAAUGAGAACGUCCAAAGUGUCCCCGCAGUUGCGGCGGUGUAAAUGCAGAGUGACACCAUUAAAAGCAGUCGAGUUACGCUGGAUCUAGACCGGUGUAAAGGUACCACUCCUGUGAAAUGAACAUUAUUUGCAGACCAAGUGAAAGAACAUCAAAUAAAUAUUUCUAAGGCUAAUUAUUAACCAAAGGAAGGAAUGGCAUUUGGAGGCAGAUUAUAUAUCAAGAAACAUCAAAUGACUAAAACCGACCUGGUCUCGCUAAGAAAACCUCUAAUAACAAUUAGAUUGCUAUGUCCACAACUAUGAAGUUUCGGUAGCUGCUGAGAUAGGAAACUCCUAUGUCUCCAUACAGAAUACACAACUUGUAUUUGUGGUGCAUACUGUUCUACAUAAAGAAAAGGAAAUAGGUUGUAUGGACGGUGUUUUUGUCCCCCACCCGCACCCCUUCCCCGCAAACUAUCAAUACAAGGGAGGAUUCAAUGAAUGUGUUGAUUCUUAGCAACUUUAGAACUGUAAAGUGCCAGACUCUCGGCUACCGUAAAUCACUGAGUGGUUAGCUCCACCAGCUGAAGAUCUGGCCCAUGGAGAAUACUGAAGAAAGAGUUCAUUUCAAACAGUGCAGAAC